AUGCGCAUCGUCGUCAUUUGGGUCAACGCGUUCCAAUGCGCCAGGUUCACCGCCAGGUCAUGUUUGUCGGCCCUAUACGCGUUCGCUGCUGCAAUGGGAACGUUCGAUCCUUUCGCGCUGCCGGAUGAUAUCUGGGCGUUACCAAAGAGUGAUUUGGUGACCCAGGUUCCUGAGGAGUCCUUGUUCAAAAGAGAUUUAGAAAAGCUUCUUCAGUUGGAUCCACCAUUUGAAACUGCCUUAAACCCGAAAACCGAAACGCUCUUUCCUUCCUCGCCAUGGGGUAAACUAUUCCCGCCAUUGAGCUUCCCCCAACCAGAUACACCUCCCCAAGACCCUGAAGCUAUAGAUGCUGCCGAGACUGAUAGUGGUCUUGGUGCUGGCGAUGACCCAUGGCUUGAUAUAUCAUCGACGAGCUCCAACGAAAAGGGUCAAUUGAUAUCGUGGGAGACCUUUCUGUCCCAAAGACCACAUAAUCGAGCGAACCCAUUUGUUACAGAGGCUAGAUAUCAUGUAAUAGACGCUAUGAUUCAGCGUCACGAUGAUGACGGGACGUCUCAGGAACCCCCAAAGAAUAUCAUUCAAACUGAUGUUCUAGUAUAUUGCCUCCUUCAUCUUGUUAAGGGAUGGGAUUCAAUGCUUUUUAAAUUCAACGAAGCAAAUAUGGAAUUCGAGGCGACCAGGGAAGGCCUACGGUUGUCCGGAACUCUGAUUUCACACUAUUUAAAAUGUGGCAAUCGUCUGAGAGCUCUUCAGGCAUUUGCCAAAACCGUCUACGCAGACAUAGGCUCCUGUUGUAAAACUAGAGUCGGGUUGGCACAUUGUAUUCAGAUUAUUACUGUUGCAGUCCAGCACCGAUUGACAGUUCUUUUCACAAGCAUCCAAAGCAUUCUCCAACUUGAUGAUAUUAUCAAGGUCCCAACGAUGAUCUUGGAAGCGUUGCUCAAGAUUGUAGAAAGGGUAAAGGAUACGAGAUUAGAUUUUCAACUUUUGUCUGCUAUUUUUGAGCAGAUACAACGAUCAGAAUAUAAGAGCGACUGGUUGCGGUAUCUGCUCUUGUUAAUGCUUCAGCGAAUAACACGCCCUUGGCUUACGAUGGUAUCAAAGGCUAUUGGUAUCACUGUUGAGAAAACGCCGUUUGUGGACGAUAUUUUCGAAGAUGAGGGAUUCUUCAUCGAGCUCGGCGACCCCGUCCUUCAAGAAGGAGAAGAGGAACCGCAUACUGACUUGAUAUUCGCGCCUUCCAAUAUUCCGUCAUUCCUCAUGCUCGAAGAGGCAGAGCGAGUUCACGAGACAUCAAGGGGGCUGAGAUUGCUACGACGUUUCCACCCUGACCAUCCACUUCUAAGUGGCCAUGGGGUGGAAAGAGUUAAAAUGCGGUGGAGUUUUUCAUGGGAUGAAUUACAAGCAAUCGACCUUGAAGCCGCUGCCCACGAGAAACGCCUCCAGCUUGCUAUGCAAGCGUUCAACCUCACUAAAAGGUCUCGCUUCUCGAGACUCACCGACCAUCCGCAGCUAGGAGGUAAUGAUGGGUUUUCGUUUGAUUUUAUCGGAAAAUCUGAGGAAGAAAUCAAAGCCAGUCUUGCGGCAUCCCUUGAGAACAUGAACUUUGAGCCACAGCGACAGUUCGGGUUUGAAGGGGCAGCCGAUGACAAGUUGGGGAAUGAAGCACUUACCGUUGAACCAAUAACAUCAAAUCAACCAACGACAGCCAGAUACCCGCCUCCAUUAUCAGUAACAUUUUCAUUAUCGAUCAACCCGAUCCUCCAGGCCCAGGCGCGGCUCACCAACAUGGCAUGUAUGAGAUUGCUUUUCAAAGAACAGCGAGUACAAAGCCAGUACGAGCUCCUCCAUAGCUUCUUACUUUUCGGUGACGGUGUUUACGUCUCACGGUUAUCAGCUUCGCUAUUUAGCGACGAACUCGCGAGUGGGACUACAAAUUCCGGAAUUAGGUCAGGAAUUGCAAUCGGCGGAUGGGGUUUACAACUCGGUGUACGAAACGACUGGCCACCAGCAUCGUCCGAGUUAAGAUUAGCGUUAAUGGGGAUCAUGGCUGAAUGCUACGCAUCUGGUAUUGGAAGAGGGACGGGGCAUAAAGAAAACGACGAUCUUCCAGGUGGGCUUAGCUUCUCCGUUCGUGAGAUGACUAAAGAGGAGGAAGAUAAGUGCAAGAACCCGGAUUCACUUGAAGCAUUGGAUUUUCUCCAGGUUAGCUACCGACCGAAAAGUCCAUAUGAUACUGUCAUUGAUUCGGUCAGCUUGGUGAAAUAUGAUCGGCUUUUCAAACACUUAUUACGAACCAUACGCAUGGUUUAUGUCGUGAACAGGCUGUUCGGAUAUACAAAUCUUGAGCGGGGGAAAGAACGGCCAACGACGAAUCCUAUCAUCCUACGAUUCCGAAUCGAGGCCCACUUCUUUGUCUCAACUCUCGCGAAGUAUAUGUUUGAGACAGGGGUGGAAACCGUUUGGAAGGAGUUCGCAAAGAAGCUCGACGAAAUCGAACGUAGACUCGAAAAGUAUGAUAUUUCAGAUCGAUACGGCGAGAUGGAGAGUUUGGGACAAUUAGCAGCAUACCACAAUAGUUGCCUAGACCAGAUGCUCUUUGCAACAAUGCUACGUUUAAGGCAGCAACCGGUGUUAAACCUAAUUGAAGAGAUAUUCGGUAUGAUUCUAAAGUUUGCAAAGAUGGUUCGGUUGGAGCAUAUUGGCGUUGUGGAUCCGUUAACGCCAACGGACGACUCGGCGUUUGGGAAGCUGUAUGGGAAGUUUAGGAAGCGCGUUGGGAUCUUUAUUAAUGUGGCCCGGGCAUUGAGUGAGAGAAGGGGCUAUGGCGGGUUGGCAAAGAGGGAGUCGGAUCGAAGCAAGGAUACUUUUAGAGGACCAGGGGAUGCAGCGGAGGGUGGGGCGUUGGGACAACUUUUGGUCAGGUUGGAGAUGUCCACAUAUUAUGUCGACGCAGCUAAGAAACUAUAA